AUGGAUUUGGAGGCGGAGAAGGAAGGUUUGGCCGCCUUGUGGCGCGAAGGGCGGCUCUUGGUGGAGGACCCGCACACCUUGGACCGGAUCAACAACAAAACGUCCUUUGGGGAGCUGCUGAUGACGUACACGCACCGGAUGCAACGCGCGGACGAGGAUCCGCUCACGUCUCAGGACCUGCGCGCUUUCCUCCGUGCUGAGUACGGGGAGGUGCCCACGGAGGAAGCGAGCUAUACCCCCGACCGAAGGCCCGCAGAGGCCAUGGCGGCGCUCAAGCGGCUUCUCGAAUGGUUCAAAGAGGGGUUCCCAUACUAUAAAUCGACGUGCCUUCACUGCGGACACCCCAACCACAUGAUCGGCGUCGUCGCCCCCUCCCCUCCCGAGCGGGCGCUGAAUGCCACCCUCACGGAGAUCUACGUCUGCGGGGCGUGCGGGAAAAUCUACCGUUUCCCCCGCUCCGUCUCCCUCCGGCACGUCCUCCAGACCCGGCGGGGCCGGUGCGGCGAAUAUUCCCGACUCUUUUUCAAAACCACCGAGGCACUCGGCUACGUCUCAUGCUGGGUGGUGGACUGGGAGGAUCAUGUGUGGGUGGAAGUGCGGCUGCCCGGCAAAGGGUGGGUGCAUUUGGAUCCAUGCGAGGCGGCGGUGAACGAACCUUUGCUGUACCAAGGGUGGGGCAAAAAACAAACCUAUAUCCUGGCCUUUUCCAGGGAGGAGGUGGAGGAUGUGACGCGGGAGUACACCACGGACUGGGCUGGC